UUCUUUUUCGUUUUAAAGAGAAUUUAAACUGAUAUUGAAGGAUAGUAUUUGAUUUUGCAAGUUUUUAUAGCGUCGUCUGCAAAUUGUGCACUUUGUGUUGACGCGUACUUUUGGGAAGUAGUUUAAAUAAUAGUACGCUGUUACAAAAUUACACAACUGAAUAAUAGCGGGUAUUUUGCAUUACCCAUUAGGUAAUUUUUACUCAAUAUAUUGCAUACUUUUUAUAGAUUUAUAACCUAGUUAUCUGUAACAUAUAAAGGCGUAUAGUAUUAAGAAACUUGCAAUUUCCUAAAUGCUAUAUUUAUUUUAUCUGGUUUUUCAAUCUGUAUUAUGAAGGAAGCUUAGAAUACAAUAGUGUAGCUUUUGUCUUUUUUGUGAAUAGCAAUCAAGUUUAUCUACUUAUUUAAGAACAAAGAAAUGGGGUUGGAUGGAGAUUUAGCUUAGAAAUUUGGUUGGUUAACUUGAUCUUAGUAUCGUAUUGUCUUAAAAUCUGUACAUGCGCAUUUGAAAAGCAUUUUAAAACUUUAAAGCUUUCUAGAUGUCUUGUGAAGAGGAAAGACACUCGUGACGAUCUAUUGUCAGAGUACUUGUUAAAUUAACACUAUAUCCGUUUGGACAAUUACACAAGAUAAAAUCAACUUGUGUACAUUCAAUGACACUUUGAAAACACUUUUGCAAGAGAAAUUCUCAAUAUUAAAGUGAUAAUUAUAAAGAAAGAAUCUUUAGUCAGUGGCAAUCUUUUCUCGGAAUAAGUGUAACCUUAGUUUAAAGUCAACAUUAGUGACAGAAGGGAGAUCUUCACAAAUAGAAAUGGAGGACGAAUUAGGCCUUAGCAAGACGUCAGAGUGGCAAAGCGAUAGUAGCUUCGAAGAGGAGACGAUGACAACGAAAGAAGAGGUAAGACUUCGGGAGAGAAUGCCAAGUCCUCCUGAGGCUUUUACAGCUGGGUAUGUAGGAGUUCCGGAGAGAAUGGCAAGUCCCCCAGAUCCUUACACAGCAAAUAUAUAUGUUAGAGAUCCGGAGAGAAUAGCAAGUCCUCAAGACCCAUACACAGCAGAAUAUGUGAGAGAUCCGGAGAGAAUAGCAAGUCCUCAAGACCCAUACACAGCAGAAUAUGUUAGAGAUCCGGAGAGAAUUGCAAGUCCUCAAGACCCAUACACAGCAGAAUAUGUUAGAGUUCCGGAGAGAAUAGCAAGUCCUCAAGACCCAUACACAGCAGAAUAUGUUAGAGAUCCGGAGAGAAUUGCAAGUCCUCAAGAUCCUUACACAGCAGGAUAUGAACUAAUUCGAGAGAGACUACCAAGUCCACGAGACGCUUAUACAGCAGAACAAAUUAAUUCCGGUCUGAACUCUUUCUCACCUGAACACUCUCCAAAUGCACAUGCUUACAUGAUUUCUAAUCACAUUCCAAAGCGAGAAAGCUUCCAAGAGGCCAUGAUUGCGGCUUCGACAGAACACUUGCGGGUUGAUCACGCAACAAUGUCGCAAAUCCCUUGCCUUAGGAGUCCGACGGGUUGUUACGGAAACUACAGCGACAAUGGCAUAAGUUCCGACGACAGUUCUCCCGAGGGUUCUGAACUCUACGAGCUUCAAAAUGCUCACUGUCAAAACACAGGCGAGUUCAUUCCGUGCAAUGACAGUAAUAACAAUACAACAACAUCGGAGGCGUUCCAGAAUUACACGUACCAGGCACCAUAUGCUGAUCCCGCUCAGAUCACCAAUCCGUAUUACGGUCGUUGCAUUCCCGAGGAUUACCAAGAAAAUGUCGCUCAUCCACAGCCCUAUCAGUAUAUGGAGUACGACAGCGAUAGCAGCGUUGAAGUGCCGAUAGAUGCUGCCAAACGUUCCACCGACCAUUACGUUUUCAGUACUAAAUCAGUCUUUGAAGGGUACAACAUUCCGAAAAUUGAAGACCUAGAUUCUGGAAAGUCGUUUUCAAAACGUGGCCGACCGCCAACGUUCCUUAAGCUUGGUCACAGAGACAUGGGCGUAAGGGUGGAUAGAACCGGCUGUAAACCUCGAGGUGGCGCAAAGAAUAUCCUCCUUUGGAAGUUUCUGCUUGAAGAGCUUCAACAUUCCAAAACACAUAUUAGAUGGGAAAACGAAGACGAGGGCACAUUCAAAUUCGUGGACACGACAGAGACAAGCCGGCGCUGGGGCGAAAAGAAGAAGAAGACGGAUAUGAACUUUGAAAAACUCAGCAGAGGAAUACGACACUAUUAUCGCGAUGGACUGAUGUCUCGUAAAGACGGAAUCCGCCUUGUGUACAAAUUCCACUGGGACCGAGUUCCUGUUGCCUACCGCCCAAUUCGGCUUAGGCGUACCCCCUGCUACUCCAUGUAAAGCCUUUAUCCAUCCCACUACGCUCAUUGCAUUCAUCGACGUCAGGACAGCCCAGUCGCAACAAAAACAUUCGUCCGCUAUUUGCACAUACUAUUCUUGCAAACCCAUGUAAAGAAUGACUUUGUUCCAAUAAACAAAAAUGCUCCGGGCCGUAGCAUCGCGAUCCGCGGUCGAAAUCAAGACAAUGUUGUUUUGCGAUGUCAUUGUUGUUCACUUUACCGUCGGCAAAACUUUCCUGUUCACCAGUAAUCAAAGUCCACAGACUUCAUUUCUUUCACCAAGGAAAGCUCUACCUCCCGUAUUCACAUCAAAGACUACAACGCCAUUCCUGGCCAUCAUAUCCAUAAGGAACGAAUAGUCCCUUCAGUGUCUCGAACAACACAUCGUUAGCCGCAAGCAGAGUUAGCCAAUACCGGCUGUUGUAUAACGUGUUGUUAUUUUUUUAUCGCUCUUAUUGGACCGAUUGUUCAGAACUUCGUUAAAGUAAAGAGCAAUGCUAACGGCAUUUGUAUUUAUUUUAAAAAAUGAACUAGUUAAUGAUGGGCUCGUGCAUUUAAAUAAAACAAGUCUUGACAGAUGUACAGAAGAUCUCACAAUUGACCGUGAGAGACUCAGAGCAAACCAUUUUUAUUACAACGGUGACGCUAACAACGUUAUUUACUUCAACAGUUUUCUGAACAAUCGAUUUCCAAUUGCAUGUGUUGAUGGUUGAAAAUUGCUUUUAUGAAAAUUGUAUAUUUUAAUCUUAAUUUAAUGCAUGUAUAUAGUUAUGUUCACCGAUGAAUAGAUGAAUCGGUAUACGUGGCAAUUUUUCGGACGAUUAUAAGCUAACUUUUUGCGUUAGACCGUUGAAAUUGUUUAAAUUUGCCAAACAUGUAUUUUACCUAUUUUGUAUAUUAUUGCAUUAAUAUUAUGUCGUUAUAAAUGUGACUUAUACGUCGCUUGCAUAGAUAAAUAUUUAUUUGUUUGUUAGUUGAAUUUUUGAAUUUUGAGAUUGGAAAAUGUGUACUUAGCACAAACUGCAAAUUGAAAAGAUGUUAGUAGCUUGCUCCAGUAUCACAAACAUACUCAAGUGAAAUCUCAACCUCAAUCUGAACUCAUUUUACCGCAUAACAUCAAAAACUAUUAACAACCGAAUUUGUUUUGCACUUUGUAAAGGUGUAUUCUCGCAUAGACUAUUAACAUACCAAAGAAAAAUAUUUCUUCAACAAAACAGUCAUGUUAGUGAGUUCAAUUCUUAACCAUUAUUCAAGUACAGUUUCUGCCCUGGAAUUAGUUUUCUUUAAAGUCUUGACACAAGGGUUCGACCAAUACAUUCCAUUGGUAAAUCCUUUUUCAAAACAAGAGUGAAAACAUAUCAGGUCUUGAGUCUUACCAUGCUUUUUUUGUGGAGAAGGAUUUAAGAUUGAGAUUGAGAUUUGAGUGUUUUCCUGAUACUGGCGCCAGGACUUUAAACAGAUAUUUGUAUAUUGCACUGUACAAUUGUUGUUUGUUAUUCCUUUGAAAUUAUAUAUGUGUUCAAAUUUUAUUUUAUUUAUUGUUGUUGACUUGCCAAUAACCAACGUACAAUAAUUAAUUCAUCUGGAUUAUGAAAUUCGAUUGUCUUUUACCUUUUAGAAAAGGGAUUCAUCUCAGUGUAAAUAUGUCCACAUGUUUGGAGUUUGAGUAUUUGUUUUGAUUGUCAAUAUAUGUUACUUUUUGAAAAUUCUUGUUAUUGUUUUCAUAUUUUUGCAUCAUUGUUAAAAUAUUGUUUUAAACUAAUUAGACUUGGUGCUAGGUUUCAAUUUUGUCUCGUUCUAAUCUUUUAAAGAUGAUAAUUAUAUCAAAGUUAUUUGACCUCGGACAUUUCUUUUAUUCUCUAUUAGGAAGUAGAUCUCUCGAAUGACAAGGUGUCUAUCAUUUCAUCUGCGAGAGUCUUUCACAUUGUGCAAGUACAUUCCAUGUUUCUUCUACUGUAAGUUAUUAGUUUUUGUCACAAGUGAUGCUAAGUAUCAUAUUUUACGUAAACAAGUUGACAAAAAUAUUUAUUUCAUUUUUAUAAUUAUCUUUCCAAGACAUCGGCCGGGAUUACAAAACCCUUUUCGCGAGCUCUGAACAAUGGAAAUGAACUUCUGACCCAGAAACAUACCUUUUUUUUUACAUAUAUACAAAUUUAUUUAUGUUUUUGAACCUUGCCUGCGUUUUUAUUUUUUUGAGUUUGCACAAACUUGUUUAGUUUUUUUUCUUAUUCAUAUUCAUUUUACGAACUUAAUUAUUUUCAUAACAUAAAUAAAUAGACAAAUCUUCUUUCAGAAAACUGGUAAAAGAGGUAAAGUACAUGUAAACAAAUGAUCUGCAAGAAAAUAAAAAAAGGAAAACAAAAUAUCUAAAUCCCUCUUAAUGACCUUUCUGAUUUUUGUCAGCAGGUUCCGCCACAAAAAUAGCGCCGCAAAGGCUACCACAACCAUUUCUCUUCAAAUAAUUGUAAAUAUAUAGCAUUUUAUGUGUUUUUUUCAGGAUUUGUUAGCAUUAACACCGUUAAUUGCAUAAAAAGUUUCGAGAAUUUUUACACUUACAUUGUUAAUUGUUUUAUAUUAAAUCAAGGUCGGACUAAAUGCAAUAACCAUUUUGUAAAUGCAAUUUACUACUACCAAAUUUGUGUUCGUUUGUAAAUACAUGUUUAACAAUAGUCAUACGUGACUUUAAAUUGUUUUGUUCAUAAUAUUAUAUGAGAGUGUUUCUAUUUUUAUAUUGAAAAUAAAUUAAAUAAACUUAA